AUGGGUCAAGAGCUGUGUGCAAAGACUGUACAGCCUGGAUGCAGCUGCUAUCGGAGGAGUCAGCCUGAGACCAUGGAGGCUGCAUUCAAGCUAACAGACCUAAAAGAAGCAUCAUGUUCCAUGACUUCAUUUCACCCCAGGGGACGUCAGGAUGUCCGUGCCCAGAAGUUCAAGAGUAAAAGGCCACGGAGUAACAGUGAUUCUUUUCAGGAAGAGGAUCUGAGGCAGGGUUUUCAGUGGAGGAAGAGCCUCCCUUUUGGGGCAGCCUCAUCUUACUUGAACUUGGAGAAGCUGGGUGAAGGCUCUUAUGCUACAGUUUACAAGGGGAUUAGCAGAAUAAAUGGACAACUAGUGGCUUUAAAAGUCAUCAGCAUGAAUGCAGAAGAAGGAGUCCCAUUUACAGCUAUCCGAGAAGCUUCUCUCCUGAAGGGUUUGAAACAUGCCAAUAUUGUGCUUCUGCAUGACAUAAUCCACACCAAAGAGACACUGACAUUCGUUUUUGAAUACGUGCACACAGACCUGGCCCAGUAUAUGUCUCAGCAUCCAGGAGGGCUUCAUCCUCACAAUGUCAGACUUUUCAUGUUUCAACUUUUGCGGGGCCUGGCAUACAUCCACCACCAACAUGUUCUUCACAGGGACCUGAAACCUCAGAACUUACUCAUCAGUCACCUGGGAGAACUCAAACUGGCUGAUUUUGGUCUUGCUCGGGCCAAGUCCAUUCCCAGCCAGACAUACUCUUCAGAAGUCGUGACCCUCUGGUACCGACCCCCCGAUGCUUUGCUGGGAGCCACUGAAUAUUCCUCUGAGCUGGACAUAUGGGGUGCAGGCUGCAUCUUUAUUGAAAUGUUCCAGGGUCAACCUUUGUUUCCUGGGGUUUCCAACAUCCUUGAACAGCUGGAGAAAAUCUGGGAGGUACUGGGAGUUCCUACAGAGGAUACUUGGCCGGGAGUCUCCAAGCUACCUAACUACAAUCCAGAAUGGUUCCCGCUGCCUACGCCUCGAAGCCUUCACGUUGUCUGGAACAGGCUGGGCAGGGUUCCUGAAGCUGAAGACCUGGCCUCCCAGAUGCUGAAAGGCUUUCCCAGAGACCGCGUCUCCGCCCAGGAAGCACUCGUUCACGAUUAUUUCAGUGCCCUGCCAUCUCAGCUGUACCAGCUUCCCGAUGAGGAGUCUUUGUUUACAGUUGCAGGAGUGAGGCUCAAGCCAGAAAUGUGUGACCUUUUGGCCUCCUACCAGAAAGGUCACCACCCAGCCCAGUUUAGCAAAUGCUGA